AUGUGGCAAGAAAGGCGACGGCCAAUGAGGAUGGUGUAUGGUGCGGUGCGGUGGCAUGGCGCAUGGUCAUGUGGUGACGAGCUUUGCGUCUGCUGCCCUUACGCUGUUGCCAUGCCAAUGGCCAAUCUCCUCCAAUCUGACACUCUGCUCCUACCCACCAGCACCCCUCGUGCCCACACCCUCCCCUCAUCCAAACACCCUUGCGCCCACACCCAUCCCGCACCUCGGAGUGCUCGCCCUGUGCGCUGCACGUGGCCUGCCCCGCCGCCCCCUCCGUUUGCUGCAGCGCCGCCUCUGCCGCCUCCAGCGCUGCCAGCUACAGGCGCAGAGGGGGGAGAGGAGCCGCGGUCAGGGCGGAGCAGCGAGCAGUGGAGCAUGGGGAAGUGGAGCAGGGGGAAGUGGAGCACGGGGGAAGUGGAGCAAGGGGAAGUGGAGCAUGGGGGAAGUGGAGCAAGGGGAAGUGGAGCAUGGGGGAAGUGGAGCAAGGGGAAGUGGAGCAUGGGGGAAGUGGAGCAGCGAGCAGAGGCCAAUGGAGCAGAGGCCAAUGGAGCAGAGGCCAAUGGAGCAGAGGCCAAUGGAGCAGAGGCCAAUGGAGCAGAGGCCAAUGGAGCAGAGGCCAAUGGAGCAGAGGCCAAUGGAGCAGAGGCCAAUGGAGCAGAGGCCAAUGGAGCAGAGGCCAAUGGAGCAGAGGCCAAUGGAGCAGAGGCCAAUGGAGCAGAGGCCAAUGGAGCAGAGGCCAAUGGAGCAGAGGCCAAUGGAGCAGAGGCCAAUGGAGCAGAGGCCAAUGGAGCAGAGGCCAAUGGAGCAGAGGCCAAUGGAGCAGAGGCCAAUGGAGCAGAGGCCAAUGGAGCAGAGGCCAAUGGAGCAGAGGCCAAUGGAGCAGAGGCCAAUGGAGCAGAGGCCAAUGGAGCAGAGGCCAAUGGAGCAGAGGCCAAUGGAGCAGAGGCCAAUGGAGCAGAGGCCAAUGGAGCAGAGGCCAAUGGAGCAGAGGCCAAUGGAGCAGAGGCCAAUGGAGCAGAGGCCAAUGGAGCAGAGGCCAAUGGAGCAGAGGCCAAUGGAGCAGAGGCCAAUGGAGCAGAGGCCAAUGGAGCAGAGGCCAAUGGAGCAGAGGCCAAUGGAGCAGAGGCCAAUGGAGCAGAGGCCAAUGGAGCAGAGGCCAAUGGAGCAGAGGCCAAUGGAGCAGAGGCCAAUGGAGCAGAGGCCAAUGGAGCAGAGGCCAAUGGAGCAGAGGCCAAUGGAGCAGAGGCCAAUGGAGCAGAGGCCAAUGGAGCAGAGGCCAAUGGAGCAGAGGCCAAUGGAGCAGAGGCCAAUGGAGCAGAGGCCAAUGGAGCAGAGGCCAAUGGAGCAGAGGCCAAUGGAGCAGAGGCCAAUGGAGCAGAGGCCAAUGGAGCAGAGGCCAAUGGAGCAGAGGCCAAUGGAGCAGAGGCCAAUGGAGCAGAGGCCAAUGGAGCAGAGGCCAAUGGAGCAGAGGCCAAUGGAGCAGAGGCCAAUGGAGCAGAGGCCAAUGGGGCAGAGGCCAAUGGGGGUGUUUCGCAGCGCGCCUCAUUCUGGCAGUGCGUCGCUGAAGCGCUGCGGACGACGUCGCCCGCCAUGGACGACGAGAGCUGCGACGACGCCUCGCAGCUAUGCGAGCAUGCGACCCGUCGCACGGCAGCAGGGCAGCGCGUACUCUCUCGCGCCUCUCCGCUCACCAGCAUCGCUCCUCUCUGCUCACCAGCAUCGCGCCUCUCCGCUCACCAGCAUCGCUCCUCUCCUCUCACCAGCAUCGCGCCUCUCCGCUCACCAGCAUCGCUCCUCUCUGCUCACCAGCAUCGCGCCUCUCCGCUCACCAGCAUCGCUCCUCUCCGCUCACCAGCAUCGCGCCUCUCCGCUCACCAGCAUCGCUCCUCUCCGCUCACCAGCAUCGCGCCUCUCCGCUCACCAGCAUCGCGCCUCUCCGCUCAUCGGAGUCGCGCCUUUCCGCUCACCAGCAUCGCUCCUCUCCGCUCACCAGCAUCGCGCCUCUCCGCUCACCAGCAUCGCGCCUCUCCGCUCACCAGCAUCGCGCCUCUCCGCUCACCAGCAUCGCGCCUCUCCGCUCAUCGGAGUCGCGCCUCUCCGCUCAUCGGAGUCGCGCCUCUCCGCUCAUCGGAGUCGCGCCUCUCCGCUCAUCGGAGUCGCGCCUUUCCGCUCACCGGCGUCGGCGAGGCUGCCCGGUAG